AAAACGGGCACUGGCAAUGAAGAAUUUCCUCGUCCUUUUGGACACUUGAUGGGAUUCGAUCGUUUGGACAUUUUUGGAGUAUAUUACAUUUUGGAGACAUCGACGAGUUGAAAGUACAAAAAUUACCUGCAUCCGAAGCUGUUGGUUACCUACGAAUAAGUGAGAACGAUGGCAUCACGAGUUUACGUAAACAGUAUUUUAUAAACCAUAGUUUUAAGAGAUACGUUCAUGAAGUCGAGAUUGCUUUUCUACAAAGUCUUCCAGAUCUGAAGCGUUUCAAGACAAAUAUGAAUCAUAUUUCAUCAGAAAAUCAAGGUAGCCCGAAAGUAUCUACCGUUCAUUUCGAACACAUUGGUGAAGAUGUUGCUGUCAAAGUAUCCGGAAAUGAUAUGUGGUUUGUAUAUGAGCUGUCGAUCUAUUGUGAACAAUUUUGUUGUGAAAAUAUGUUAGUGGACGUUAUUAAAUCCUCUGGAUCCGAUGUUCAGACAAGAAUAAAAGAAAAAAACGUUCAUUAUGAAGAAGAAGUGCGGGUUCAAGUGAAGACACACUUUGAAAAUUCAAAAUAUCUUCCAUCGUUUGACCACGUAGCUGCUAAAACCACGACAUACUCUGUUACACAAAGGCAACAACAGCUUGCAAAACACCGUCCCAGCGAAAUAAUUGAACUAGCUUUUCUCAGUGCUCUACUCGAAAAACGAAUAACAACUCACAGCUCCAUCAAAAUGAAAUCCAUUAAAGACUUUUUUACCGAUGCUGUAUCUGUAGUUCCAAUCGAAAGUCUUUUUUAUGCUAUAGGAGAAAGUAGCUCAGACGUCAUAUUAGACUGCUGUGAAAUAUUAUCAACUAGCGAGAUUAACUCCGAGACAUUAACCAACUCCGAGAUUUCUGUUAAAGUUUUAGAAAAUGCUCUAUUUCGUAUUCGCCGAUGUCAAUCACUCUUACCUGAGGAAAACUUAACUGAUGAAAUGUCUUCGCUUGAAAAUUAUCGCAUUCUCAUGCAUGAAUCUCUUGAGGUGUCUGCCCGUCGUCAUCAUUUAAUUGGAUUAAAAGAGUUUGUUUUAUCGUCUCGAAAAGAUUUCAAAGAGCGAUCUGUUUCUCAGUUGUCUUUGGAAAAAAUUGGCCCCAUGCUGAAGAAAAGCACUUCCCACAUUAUGCAUCUUCUUGAGGACAGAAAACCUAAAAGAAGAAAUAGAAGAAGAAAAUCUGCACCUAUCUAUAAGACCGAUCUUAACGUCAUCUAUCCAAAUGUCGAUGCAGUUGACGGUACCAAAAAAAAUGAUCGUAGUUGCAAAGCUCCAAUGACUUUGCUGAAUGAUGGAAAAAAUAAACUCCUACAAUUAUGCGAAGAAUUGACUGCCGAGCCACAACAAUGUGCAACAUCAGAAAUAUCUUCUUGUAGCUUAAAUAACAGGAUGCUAGAAGUUUUGAAUGGUUUACUUAAUGAGUUCGAGACCUGUAGCACUUUGCUUGGCACCUUCAUGCAAUCCCAGGUACAAAUUCCUCUCGAGCAUGCUGGUAACGAUAAGUACGUUAAUGAAAUUGCCAGAUAUGCUAAUUCAUUUGGAUUGUCUGUCUGGGGACUGCUGAUUGUACCGUUUAACUACUUGGAGCAAAUGAUAAGAUCAUCAGGAGAAUUUGGACAGCUUGUUAUUGAAUUAUCCCGUCGUCUUAACGAUUUUCGUGAGUAUAUGUUUCCUACCGAUGAACGUGAGCUUUUUGACUACGACGAGAAAUUGCAUUUUCUGUUGGGUAGCAUGAAAAAAAGCAUUGCAUGGAACAAGAACUACGUUAGUUACCCUCUCGAACGCCAACUUGAGCACCAAUGCAGUAAAAGAAACAUAUAUUACCACACACCCAUUGAAAUUAUUCUACAACAAUGGAACACUAAGUUUGAGGGAUAA